AUGAAGAAGGACAACAAACAAGCGGAUCAAAUGAUAUCAAGAGAAAUAGAUACAAUAGCAAUAGAUAAAGCAGAUGAAGUACAUACAGAAGCAAAUACUAAAAGGAAUCAAGCUGUUAGGCCAGUAAUCAUUGAAUAUUCUCAAUGGCAAGAAAAAUUGUUAGUCAAAGAUGCUAAAAAUAAUGAAUUGGGAUUGAGAUUCACGGUAACAAAUACAUUGAAAAUUCGAGAUGAACUUAUUGAUCGUGAAUACAAUGAGAAAAAAUGCAAUAUUUGUGGGAAUAGAUACUCCAAAACACUUAAAUUCGAACAAAAAUAUUGCAAAAAUUGUUUAUUUCAGUAUCUUAAAUAUUCGACAGGAAAUAAUACAUUCUUGGAUGCACACAUAACUACAAAUAAUAUUCAAUGUAUUAAAUUUAAAAAAAAUGGGAAUAAUUUUCACACAAUGAACAUUCAAGAAUGGUGUGAGCAUUGUUCUGAAGUCUCAUACUUUAGACAAGUGAUCCCAAAUAUUUUAACUUUUAAUAGAUACAAUUUACCAAAAAAUUGUAUUCAUAAUAAUUAUAGUACAAAAGAUUGUGGAUUAUGUAAAAACAUGCUACAGUCAUUUGAAUACGGACCAGGUUGUUAUCAAAUUUUUUCUGGAUGGAUAAAAUCAACUUUGACUAAAAAGUUCAUUCCAAUUCUAUAUUUACCAUGGUGGGAUAAUUGUGAUCGAUGUUUAGUUUGUCCAUGGAAACUAAAAUAUAUACACCAGAAAUCAGAAAUAAGUAUACAAUCUGACCGUCAAAAAUGGUGUUCACAUUGCUUUAUAAUUUAUACUGGAUGUAGUCAUUGUCUAACAACAAAUAUUAUUUUUGGAAUCACGGAUCAAUCUCAAUGUAAAAAAUGUACAAGGAUAUCAGUUAUUAAUAUUGAUUUCAAAAAUAUUAUCAGUGGUAAUUGUAUUAUAGAUAAAUUUCUUGCUUCUACAAGAAUUGACAACAAAUAUCAUUAUCAGAUUGCUAAUUAUAUGAAUAAUGUUACGAAUUCAAAUCCAUUAAAUGUAUAUAAGUUCAUAGGGAAUUUGCAUUUAGAAAAACAAGUAAUAGAAUGGAUUCCAUAUUGCCGAAUUAAAAAUUUAAGGAAAUUAGCAGAAGGAGGAUUUAGUAUUGUUUAUCAAGCAACUUUGUCAGGCGGUGUAUACAUGCAUCGUACGAAUGUUAUGGAUAUUGCUGUAAAAAAAUUAAAUAAUUCGCAAAAUUCCAGUGAAGGUUUUUUAAAUGAGUUAAAAUCCCUUUGUCAACUUAAUGAUUGGUCUUUUGUGAUUAAGUGUUACGGUAUUACACAAGAUCCUGUAACAAAAGAGUAUAUGUUGAUAAUGAAUUAUGCUAAAGGUGGAAAUUUACAUAAUUAUUUGCAAAAUAAUUUUAUAAAUAUUACAUGGAAUGAAAAGCUACAUAUUUUAUGGAGGAUUUCAGCUGGACUCAAUAUUAUUCAUUACAAUAAUCUUAUACAUCGAGAUAUUCAUAGCGGAAAUAUAUUGUCGUUAUACGACCCAUCUUUUCAACAUUGGCUAAUCGGAGACUUGGGAUUAUCACAACCUGCAAACAACACUUUGCCAAAUGAUGAAAUAUAUGGAGUAAUACCCUAUAUCGCACCAGAAAUACUUACUAAGAGUUGUGUAUUUUCAAAAGAAUCCGAUAUCUAUAGUUUUGGUAUGAUAAUAUGGGAACUCACAACAGGUUGUAAACCUUUUGCUAACGUUGAACAUGAUAUUAAUCUUAUUUAUGAAAUUAUUGAUGGGAAACGACCUGAAAUUACAAAUGAUACUCCCGAAUGUUUGGCUAAUUUAAUGGAAAAAUGCUGGGAUGCCGAUCCUUCAAAAAGACCAACCAGUGGGGAAAUUUUGAAUUCUGUUGAAGAGUGGUAUUAUCUUAAUGAAUGGAAUAAAGGGUAUUAUGUAAAUGGUAUUUUUAAAUCUGAAAAUAAAAUUAUGAAAGUUAUAGUAUUUAAGCAAGCAGAAGAAAAAAGAUUAGAAUUAAUACAGCUAAAGAAACUUGGUCCUGAAUUUAGUGAAAAGUCUCCAAAAGCAAUUUAUACAGGAAGUUCUUUGAAUUCUAAACAGACUACAAAUUCAUCUCCAACGAUUUCAUCAAGUAUUAAGCAUGAAUAUAUUACUAAAGAAUUUGAACUUGAUAUUAAUAUAAAUAAUAUUCACCAAAGCUCAUUCACACAAAGCCGUUCGAAAAAUUUCUCAUCAUCAUUAAGUCAAUUAACAUCAACUGUAAUUGCAAAUUCUUUAAGAAAGCGUAAUAUUGAAGAAUUAAAGGUUGACCCUCAAAAAAAUAGAAAAAAUAUUAAAACUAACAGUUGAGAUAGAGAAACAUAUUUCAAUAUAACUAAGUUUAUUAAUGUUCUUUAAUAUUACAGACUAUAAUAGGACGCAGAAUUAUAUAUAAAAGGGUCAGGUUUAAGUUUGCGUAUUUUGAACUAAAAAAAAUCAUUAAUUUUUUAUAAUGCCAGUCAGAAUUUUAUUUCCUAUUAUAGUAACCGACUGACGUUAUCAUAAUUCCGGUCCUGAAAAAAUGCUUAUAACUCAUAGUAAAAAAAUUUUUUCAUCACCUAACUAUAUAUAUAUUUCUGGGUCAUACUAUAAUCUUUUUAUAUAGAACACGGUUAAAGAAUGUAUACAUCAUAGCAUAUUCAUUCAGUUUUAUUCUAUCAUUAUUAUUUUUACACAUUUUUUUUCGUAGAUAUUUUCAAAUAAUUCAU